AUGGCACCACGUCUGAUGUUGUUCUUCGGAGCUCCACCUCCCAGCUCACUCAGCUGGAAUCAAGACGAUCUCCUCGACACCUUCAUCGAUCCCAUUGCCCAACUGCUCGGGAUUGACAGCAGUAAUCCAGAUCCGAAAUCAACAUCAUCAACAUCAACAGAUCCCCAAUGGAGAUCUCUGCCUUUAGAUCGCAAGCAGCUGACUACGGGUCUGACGCAAGACUUCGAUCAACACCAGCUCUUUACAGGCUAUCCUCAGUCCCAAGGCGACGAAGGAGCUUCUUUCUUCACAACCUCUCAAGUUGAAUUUGAGAUCUCUCAAUCCCAAUUGCCAGGCGACUCCUUCGCCUCCACCCAAGCACAGAUCUCACAAGUCCUCUCCCAGUUCUACGAAGAGUCUUACGCCCGCCAUGUGGAUGUUCCAUCUUCCCAGAUCGCUCCAGCCUCGGAGGGUCCAGCAUCGUUCACUAGCGACGAAUGCUCGUUCACAUCCGCAUCCUUCGAGUCCUCAUUUCGUGCCACUGCCCAGAUCAGAGAAGCGCCUAUCGCUGGCCGUCUAACCAACAUCAGGGAUGUACCGAGACCGGAGUACCUCGAUUCCAUCCAACCGCAGACCAUGACCGUCAAUCUCAUCGUGGGCAUUAUAUCCAUGCCACAGCCCAGAGGAGUGAAGACUCGGCGAGGAGAUAGCGUUUCCCUCGUUGAGGUCCUCGUUGGCGAUGAAACGAAAUCCGGGUUCGGAGUCAAUUUCUGGUUGUCUUCUUCUCGGCCGGUGGAAGGGGAUAUGAGGAGUGUGUUAGAAGGUUUGAGGCCGCAGGAUGUGGUGCUUAUGAGGAAUGUAGCCUUGAAUAGCUUCAAGGGAAGGGUUUAUGGACAGAGUUUGCGGAAAGAGAUGACCAAGGUUCAUCUGCUGUACAGGAAUCGGGUGAAUAGGACGGAUGUGGGUGGCUGCUAUGGUGCUGCUGACUUGGUGAGUGGCGAUGGUGUCCACCCACAGGUAGAGAAGACGAGAAGGGUUAGGGAAUGGGUAUUGAAGUUCGUGGGUGGGGGAGCAGCUGUGAAGGCAGGGGGGAUGGGGAGCGUUUCGGAGAUCAUGAACGAGACCUUGCCCCCAGAUACGCAGUAA